AGUAAGUCCCCCGGGAUAGCCAAGCUGGAAGCUGAAGCAGCUCAAGAAGGCGCCUGGCUGCCGCGCUGUCGAGUGUGCUUAUUGGACCAUGUGCUACUAUGUAUGCCUGAAGUACUUGAAAUGCAAAUUUGGAGACACUUUGCCAUCUAAAUGCUUGGCUGGAUUAAGCGCCUAAUUAGGAUGGUUUUUCAACAGGUUGGAGUAAGCAUGCAAUCGGUACUUUGGUCUGGGAAGCCAUAUGGUUCAUCUCGAAGUAUCGUAAGGAAAAUUGGUACUAAUUUAUCUCUGAUCCAGUGCCCAAGAGUUCAGUUUCAGCUUACCAGCCCUACAACAGAAUGGAGCCCAAACCAUCCAGGAGAGGAUGCAGUGGUGUCUUUUGCUGAUGUUGGAUGGGUAGCCAAAGAAGAAGGAGAGUGUUCAACAAGACGAAGGACAGAGGUCAGAUCAAGGCAACCCCUUCAGGAUGACCUUCCUUUCUUGGAGAAGCCACCAAGCAGGCAGUUUUCCUUACCAAACCUGUCUCCAGAAAAUCCUCAACAGAAGAGAGCACUAGCAAAUGAGGAAGCCCUGCAGAAGAUCUGUGCCCUUGAAAAUGAACUUGCUGCUCUCAGAGCUCAGAUUGCCAAAAUUGUGACCCUGCAAGAACAGCAAAAUCUCAUUGCAGGUGACUUAGAUCCUACCACAUCUGUUACUACACCACCAUCCUCUGUCCCACCACCGCCCCCGCCUCCCCCACCCCUUCCCCCAUCAGGGCUCCACCAAAGUGUAUCAUCAGCUGUUGACCUGAUAAAAGAGCGAAGAGAGAAAAAAACCUGGUCUGGGAAGACUCCCGUUAAGAGCAGUUCAAAGAAACCCGAUAUGCCAAAUAUGCUAGAGAUCCUUAAAGAUAUGAACAGUGUAAAACUUCGGUCAGUAAAAAGGUCAGAACAGGAUAUAAAGCCCAAGCCAGUGGAUGCUACUGAUCCUGCUGCCCUCAUAGCAGAGGCUCUGAAAAAGAAAUUUGCUUAUCGAUAUCGAAGCGAUAGUCAAGGUGAAGUUGAAAAAGGAAUUCCAAAACCUGCAUCAGAGGCCACCUCAGAAACAGUGUUGUUUGGGCCACACAUGUUGAAGUCUACAGGAAAAAUGAAGGCUUUAAUUGAAAAUGUUUCAACUUCCUAAUAGACAGCAGAGAAAAACUAUCCUUGUUCCAGUUGUUGGUUGGUUAGGGCUGUUUGACGAGUAGAAAGCAACACUAUUUAGUAAAUACCUGAAUUUAGUAUUCAGUGGUCUCCUUUAAGUCUAAUUAGAUUCAGCAAUAACAAAAGCACUCUAAGUUUGUGGGUUUUUUUUUUUAAAAAUGAGAUUAGUUCUGAAGUUUUCCAUAACGUGUAUUCAGACAUAACAUGUGUUUUUAAUGUAUAGUCAGGAUGUUUUAGGUUUCUAGUCUUAAACAAUUAUAUAGAUUUCAGAAGAAAGGACAUUUGUAGAUGAGUUUUUAAUUAACACUAAUUUAUCUGCAAAUAUUUUAUAUGCAUAUAUUUGCAUAUAAAAUAGUAUGUAAAAUUUAAUAAUGAUGUCAGUGAGGGUACUGUUACAUCAUUAGUUGUCAUUGAUCAUUUACUACUCAAUGAUGGAACACAGGUUGUUGGAGUGAAAUAUUUAGGAUUGGAACCUUUUUGCCUUGAAUAGGACCUUAGAUUCUCUCAUUUCUUUGGAGAUGGGGUUCAGGUAGGAACCAGAUAAUGUUCACUGCUGAAAAUUCCAUAAUGCUUUCAUUUAAAGGGAAGUGAAAGAUUAUGAAAGCUGCUUUCACUUUAGUGCUGUCCAGUGCUGAGAAAGAAAAUGUAGUUUUCAUAUAAUGAGAAAUCAAAUUAUUGAAUUAAAUCUUAACAGGUGAAAACAAAGAAUGUACCAUCUUUUUUCCAGUUGAGUAAAUGGCAUCAUAAAGAUGACUUGUUGCUAAUAAUGGAAAGGGCAGUAUAAUGGAGUUUUAAGAUUUUUAAUAUUGGUCAAAUAUAGUAGCUUUAUAAUGAAACCUUGAAUAGGCAAAAGAAUUUUUGUAAGUUUAUCAUUGGUCAGAGUGCUGUUCUUUUGAAUUACAUUAUGCAGCAAACUUUAGGUGCUAUUAGAAAGUGGAGAACAGCCUUUCUCUUUGAGGGCUUCUGAGGAAUUGCUGUAAGUGAUCAUUUUUGAGUGCUUGAUAAAUCUUUAUAUUUCUGUUAAACUCAGCUAUAGUUAAUGCCAGAAUCUCCUACCGUGAGAAAAUAUUUGGAUUUAUUUAAAUCUAGUAAAAAGUGGAGAUAGGAAGAGUAGACAUUUAAGUUAUUGAAAAUAUGUGCAAUGUUCUCAAUAUUAGCAAAUGUUUUUCAGCUUAAAUUUGAACUGUUAUUUUACAUAUGUUGAUUACAUUGUUUCACAAAUUCUGCCUUUAAAAAAAAUUCAGAAAAUUUGCCUGAAUUACAUAUUUUGACCUCCUAAGAUUUUAUAUUUGUAUCAGUAUUGAAUUUUGGCCACUGCUCCAAUUGAAGGAAGUUACUGUUUUGAAAUAAACUUAAAAUAUUUAGGCCUGGUCCAAGGAAAACAUUAU